AAUCCGCUUCCGCUUAGCAGGUGACAGAACCGCCUGGUCGGACAUUUUGAACCUUCAAGAGGACAAGGAUAUCGGGGAUCAUCCUUUAAGCUCUUUUGCGAUCAUUCUUGUGAUUAAGACUCUCUGCUUGAAAGAAAUACAGACUGCUGACCGCAAAAAUGACUGACUCAAAGUAUUUCACCACAACAAAGAAAGGAGAGAUCUUUGAGCUCAAAGCAGAGCUAAAUAGUGACAAGAAGGAAAAGAAGAAAGAAGCAGUGAAGAAGGUGAUUGCCUCCAUGACAGUGGGCAAAGAUGUUAGUGCUUUGUUUCCUGAUGUAGUGAACUGCAUGCAGACAGAUAAUCUGGAGCUGAAGAAACUUGUCUAUUUGUAUCUUAUGAACUAUGCAAAGAGCCAACCUGAUAUGGCAAUUAUGGCUGUCAAUACUUUUGUCAAGGAUUGUGAAGAUCCAAAUCCACUGAUCCGAGCUUUGGCAGUGCGAACUAUGGGCUGCAUUCGUGUUGAUAAGAUCACAGAAUAUCUAUGUGAACCUCUGCGCAAAUGUCUUAAAGAUGAAGACCCUUAUGUAAGAAAAACUGCAGCUGUAUGUGUAGCUAAGUUGCAUGACAUAAAUGCACAGCUUGUUGAGGACCAGGGCUUCCUUGAUACUUUGAAGGACCUUAUCUCCGAUUCCAACCCAAUGGUGGUUGCAAAUGCUGUGGCUGCGCUAUCGGAGAUUGCUGAGUCUCAUCCUAACAGUAAUCUGCUGGACCUGAACCCUCAGUCUAUCAACAAGCUAUUGACUGCUUUGAAUGAAUGUACAGAGUGGGGUCAAAUUUUCAUCCUUGACUGUUUAGCUAACUAUACACCAAGGGAUGACAGAGAAUCACAGAGCAUCUGUGAACGAGUGACUCCCCGCCUGUCCCACGCAAACUCUGCUGUUGUUCUUUCUGCUGUCAAAGUUCUCAUGAAGUUUAUGGAGAUGUUGCCAAAAGAUUUGGAUUAUUAUGGUAUGCUUCUAAAGAAACUGGCACCUCCUCUUGUUACGUUGUUGUCUGCUGAGCCUGAGCUACAGUAUGUGGCCUUGCGCAAUAUCAACCUGAUUGUGCAGAAACGACCUGAAAUCUUGAAGCAUGAAAUGAAAGUAUUUUUUGUUAAAUACAACGAUCCAAUCUACGUCAAACUGGAGAAGCUGGAUAUCAUGAUUCGUUUGGCCUCUCAGGCUAACAUUGCUCAGGUUUUGGCCGAGUUGAAAGAGUAUGCUACUGAGGUGGAUGUGGACUUUGUAAGGAAGGCAGUGCGGGCAAUUGGUAGAUGUGCCAUCAAAGUUGAGCAAUCGGCAGAACGUUGUGUGAGCACGUUGCUUGACCUUAUCCAAACCAAGGUUAACUAUGUGGUGCAGGAGGCCAUUGUUGUCAUAAAAGAUAUUUUCAGGAAAUACCCAAAUAAAUAUGAAAGUGUUAUUGCCACCUUGUGUGAGAACUUGGAUUCUUUAGAUGAGCCUGAGGCGCGAGCUGCAAUGAUUUGGAUUGUUGGAGAGUAUGCUGAGCGUAUUGAUAAUGCAGAUGAACUGCUGGAGAGUUUCUUAGAAGGAUUUCAUGAUGAAAGUACCCAGGUCCAGCUUCAGCUAUUGACAGCUAUUGUAAAGCUUUUCCUCAAGAAGCCAACAGAAACACAGGAACUGGUUCAGCAAGUUCUCAGCCUGGCUACUCAAGAUUCAGACAACCCUGACUUGAGAGACCGUGGAUACAUUUACUGGCGUCUACUUUCCACAGACCCAGUGGCAGCUAAGGAGGUGGUUUUGGCAGAGAAGCCACUGAUUUCAGAAGAAACAGAUCUUAUUGAGCCGACUCUAUUGGAUGAGCUUAUAUGUCACAUUGGUACAUUGGCUUCAGUCUACCAUAAACCCCCAAGUGCCUUUGUUGAAGGUAGUCGUGGAGUUCAGCAUAAAAGGUUGCCUCCAAGAACAGGAUCAAAUGAGAGCGUAGAGAGCCCUGAAUCCACCCAACCUGUUGUUGGUCAGUCUGCUGAUCAACCACCUGCUGUUAUUCCCUCCCAAGGAGAUCUUCUAGGAGACCUCCUCAAUCUUGAUCUGGGCCCACCUGCUUCGACUGUUUCAUCUGGACCCACGUCUACAAUGCAGAUGGGAGCUAUGGACCUGCUUGGAGGUGGCCUUGACAGCUUGCUUGCUGGUGAUCUGGGAGGAAGUCCUGCAAUUGGAACUAGCUUUGGGUCACCUGCUGUUAUGCCUGCUUCUCUAAAUGCACCAGUUGGUGGAGGUUUAGGUGACCUCUUUGACUUGGGUAGCAAUGUGGGUAUACCGUGUGGAAGCUAUGUUGAACCUAAAACGGUUUGGCUACCUGCUGUGAAAGCGAAAGGCCUGGAAAUCUCUGGCACUCUAGCUCGCAGAAUGGGAACCAUCCAGAUGGAAAUGACUCUAAGCAAUAAGGCAAUGCAAGUUAUGACCGAUUUUGCCAUACAAUUUAACAGAAACAGUUUUGGCCUGGCUCCUGCUGCAGCACUUCAAGUCCUUACUCCCCUCAGUCCCAACCAGACUAUUGAUGUUGUACUGCCUCUUAGCACAGUAGGGCCUGUUAUGAAGAUGGAACCUCUUAAUAACCUGCAGGUUGCAGUGAAGAACAACAUUGAUGUUUUCUAUUUCAGCUGCAUUUAUCCUAUUAGUAUCUUAUUUGUGGAGGAAGGCAGGAUGGAAAGGCAAGUUUUUUUGGCAACCUGGAAAGACAUUCCAAAUGAAAAUGAAGCACAAUUCCAUAUCAAAGACUGUCAUCUUAAUUCUGAUGCUGCAAGUAACAAGCUUCAGAAUAAUAAUAUAUUCUCCAUCGCCAAGAGAAACGUUGAUGGACAGGAAAUGCUGUAUCAAUCCAUGAGGCUAACCAAUGGGAUAUGGGUUCUGGCUGAGCUUCGUAUGCAAGCAAGUAGCCCAAGCUACAUGCUUUCUCUGAAGUGUCGAGCUCCAGAAGUUUCACAGUUUGUGUUCCAGUCAUAUGAAUCCAUUCUGAAAAAUUAGAUAUUUGACACAAGCUACCCGAAUGGAACUGCUUCAUUUAUGAAGGAGAAAUCUGAUUCCUUUCAAAGCUCCUAGAAGAACUAAAAUCUUCUACCAGCAUUUUAUUUUAUUUUUUCUAACUUUUGGUCAUUCCUGUCUUUUUUCCACUUUGGGGGAAAGAAGUGAAAAUAUUCAAACAAUCAGCUAUUGUGUUUUAUUUUCUGGCAUUUUCUUUUGCAAUUUAAAGAAUAACCUGCCAAUAUCUUAUAUAUAUAUAUAUAUAUGUAUAAAAUGAAUAUUUCAGAAAUGGGCAACAUAUGCAGUGGUGUUAUGGUGUUUUUUUCAAUGUAGAGAUUUAUCAUUUUCUGUUGAAGUCAAGUCUGAUUGUGUGCUUUUCUCAACAAAGCAAUUCACUACAAACUAUUUAUUAUGCAUUGUUCAUCUUUGCUGCCUUUAUGUACUCUUCAGCUAGUUUUAUCUUUGUAAGAUAUACGAUGCCAGUGUCUCUCAACCAUUGUGGUACCACAACCCAGUUUUUCACAUGCCAGUCUGGGCGGUGGAGUAGGUAAAUUAUGAUCCACCUGCAAUGCUGCCACUGUGAAUCGAGCGCAAUUGUCAGAGCAGGGAUUGACCUCUGCCCACAGGUUGGGAAAUGCUGUACUAUAUAAUAGUGCAAUCAACUAUUGCAUGAUAAGCAAAAAUCAUAAGGACAACUUUGCCAGGAACACUAAACACAUCUAAAUGCAGGUUUUUCGUCAAAAUUAGGGCUUUUACUGACUGCAUAAGACUGUUAAUUUUAAUAUUUUUUUUGCAGGCAUUACCUUAAAUUAUUGAUGUAAUGUUUAUUUUUUAUAAAGAAUGAAUAUCCCUCAUGCCAACCAUUCUUUCAGAUUUAAACAUAGAUUUUGCCCAAAGAAAAUCUCCCAAUAAGUAAAAUUAAUCAAAUUAUACUUUAAUGAAAUUAUAUGCCAGUAAAUGCAUUAUGGCAUCCUGAAGUAUAGCUCAAUAUAUGUAUUAACAAGUUUAUAUUAAGUAAUAUAGUUGUACCAUCAGCAUUAUUCACUAUAGCCUUUCUUAAAAAUGAUGUAAAGUUCAUCUUUCUUUCACAUAAAACAGACAUGUUGAUUUUAA